AUGUUUAUCUCUUUCAAAAAUAAAAAUUAUAGUAUUUAUAUUUAUCAUAUUAGGCUUAUAAACAAUAAUAUAUAUCACUAAUUAAAAUGCAAUUUGCAAUGAGAAAUGCAUUAAACCUUAUGCGUAUCCAGCAACUUAUUUUGAUCCAUAUAAUUAAGUUUCUGGAUAUUGUUUUGAUAAGGAAUGUAAUGACUCUUUUGGAUAUAAAUUCUCAUACUAAUCAUGUGAUUUUUCACGAUUUCAAAAUAAAUAAUAAGAAAUAAUCAAAACUAAAUAUUGCAAUCAAUUUGUAAUAUAGAAUAUAGAUAUAUCUAUUUAAAGUUUUUUAGAGAAAUUAAGCCUUCUUUUUUCCUAUGAAAUAUAAACGAAGCUAAAAGAAAAAAAUUUUAGUUUAUUUGAAAUGUAUUCUUUAAACAGUUUUAAUGUUCACCCAUUUAAUCAGCCUAAUUUAUUAAUUUUGGCCAAGUUGAAAUAAAUAAUUUAAGCGAUAAAAAUUGAAAUAAUCAUCUCUUUAUUCUAGAAAAUGAUAACAAUUUUAUUAAUUUAAUGUUUAUUCAAGAAUCUUCAUUAUUCGAGUCUAAUAAAUUGUCACAUUAUAUGA